AUGGUCAACCUCACGGUGUUCUUCCAUAUUACCAUCGAUGGUGAGCCCUUGGGCUGCAUCACCUUCAUGCUUUUUGCAGACAACUUUCAUGCUCUGAGCACUAGAGAGAAAGGACUUGGUUUUAAGGGUCCUUGCUUUCACAGAAUUAUUCUAGGGUUCAUGUGCCAGGGUGGUGACUACACACACCACAACAGCAAUGGCUGCAAAUCCAUCUACAGAGACAAAUUUGGUGAUGACAACAUCAUCGUGAAGUAUAUGCAUCCUGGCAUUUUGUCCAUGGCAAUUGCUGGACAAAAUAUAAACAGUGGCCAGGCGCCAGUGUGCCCAGAUGGUGAGCGUGCAGUCUUUGGGAUGAUGAAGGAGGGCAUGAAUAUCGUGGAAGCUAUGGAGGGGUUUGGGUCCAGGAAUGGCAAGAUCAGCAAGACCACGAUUGCUGACUGUGGACAACUCUAA